AUGCCUACUGCCACCAAAGAAUAUGGCCCAGAAGUCCAGAAAGUCCCUGCAACGACUCCGCUGGAGGAUAUCCUAUACCUGUUGAAACGCGAUGGAGGUGUAUUCAUCAAAGGCUUGGUUCCGACAGAAGACGUCGACAAAGCAUAUGAUGAAGUCCGCGAGACACUCGACAAUGACGUCGAAUGGGAGGGCAACUUCUUCCCGAAGGAGACGCAGCGGGCCUCGGCGCUCAUCAUGAGAAGCCCGACGUACGUGAAGACACAGUUGAUGAAUCCACUGUAUCAGCAGGUAAUCGAUCAUUUUCUCACCACUAGAAGCUGGUUCUGGUGGGGCGACGAAAGGAAGGAGUCAGUGUCGAAGCCGCAGGUGCACUCCUGCGUUGCCAUGCGCAUUGGGCCGGGAGGAAAGGCGCAGCCAUUGCAUAGAGAUGAUUACAUCAGUCACAACAUCCAUGAAGAGAUUGACCAGUGGGAUGAUGAACGAGACAAGAAUCGCGAGUCGGCAAUCGGCAUGUUCGUUGCUGGCUCCCGAGUCACAAAAGAAAACGGAGGGACGGCUUUCAUUCCACGCAGCCAUUUAUGGGGCAAUGAUCGCAAAACACCCCCACGGGUUGAUCAAUGCAUCUUCGCAGAGAUGGAAAAAGGCGAUGCUUUCAUCAUGCUUGCUUCAGCUUUCCAUGGCGGCGGAAACAACACUACAAAAGACGAGAAGCGGCUAGUCUUUUCAACAUUUUCAGUGCGAGGCUACCUUCGUCAAGAAGAGAAUCAGUUCCUAGCCGUCCCCAAGGAAGUUGCGAGGAAAUAUGACCGGUCGGUCCAGGAUUUCAUGGGCUACUCUAUGAGUGAACCUGCCGGUGGAUGGGUUGAACAGAUGGACCCCAUAUACGCGCUUAGGCCAGAGCUGAAGGAAGGCGUGCGGCCAACAGACUAUUAG